AUGGACGCCGCCACACUGAACAACAAGCGCAAGCGGAAGCAGGGCGAUGCCGCUGCCGACGGAACCAAAAAGUCAAAGAAGCUCAAGAAUCCUCCCCCGGCAGAGGUCGAGCCCGAAGAGGAGGAUGAAGUAGAGGCGGAAGAGGACGCAGAAGACCAGACCGCAACCAGAAACGGCGAUGGAGAUGUCAUACCCACCCAGUCUGCGCCCAUAGUAUCGACAAUGGCAGACUCGCAGAAGUUUGAGGACCUCAAGCUGUCCGAGAAGACGAUGAAGGCGAUCCAGGAGAUGGGCUUUACCAAGAUGACCAACAUUCAGCGCAGUGCCAUCCCCCCUCUCCUUGCCGGCAAGGACGUCCUCGGUGCGGCCAAGACGGGUUCCGGAAAGACGCUCGCCUUCUUGAUCCCCGCGAUCGAGAUCCUCAGCUCCCUGCGAUUCAAGCCGCGAAACGGCACCGGCGUCAUCGUCGUGUCCCCGACCCGAGAACUCGCGCUCCAGAUCUUUGGCGUUGCGCGCGAGCUGAUGAAGUACCACUCACAGACCUACGGCAUUGUCAUUGGCGGAGCGAACCGAAGGGCAGAGGUUGAGAAGUUGACCAAGGGUGUCAAUUUGUUGAUUGCGACUCCCGGCCGAUUGCUCGAUCAUCUGUUGAAUACCCAGUUUGUUUUCAAGAACCUCAAGUCGCUGAUCAUCGACGAGGCGGACCGUAUUCUGGAAGUUGGUUUCGAGGAUGAAAUGCGGCAGAUUGUCAAGGUCUUGUCCAACGAGGACCGCCAGACUAUGCUGUUUUCCGCGACACAAACAACCAAAGUUGAGGAUCUGGCCCGAAUCUCCCUGCGACCCGGCCCGCUAUACAUCAACGUCGACCAGGAGCAGCAGCACAGCACCGUCGACGGCCUGGAGCAGGGCUACGUCCUAUGCGAGGGCGACGAGCGCUUCCUCCUGCUCUUCUCCUUCCUGCGGAAAAUGCAGGCCAAGAAGAAGAAGGUGAUUGUCUUCUUCAGCAGCUGCAACAGCGUCAAGUACUACGCCGAGCUGCUCAACUACAUUGACUGCCCGGUGCUGGACCUGCACGGCAAGCAGAAGCAGCAGAAGCGGACCAAUACCUUUUUCGAGUUUAGCAAUGCGCCGCACGGCAUCCUGAUCUGUACCGAUGUGGCGGCUCGCGGUUUGGAUAUUCCCGCCGUCGACUUCAUUGUCCAGUUUGACCCUCCGGACAACACCCGCGACUACAUCCACCGCGUGGGCCGAACUGCCCGAGGUGCCAAUGGCAAGGGACGAAGUCUGCUCUUCCUUCAGCCCAACGAAGUCGGCUUCCUGUCCUACCUCAAGGCCGCCCGCGUGCCCGUCGUCGAGUUCGAGUUUCCGCGCAAGAAGAUUAUCAACGUGCAGUCCCAGCUGGAGAAGCUCAUCGGCAAGAACUACUACCUGCAGCAGAGCGCCAAGGAGGCCUUCAAGUCGUAUCUGCACGCCUACGCCAGCCACAGCCUGCGCUCCGUCUACGACGUGCAGAAGCUGGACCUGGCCAAGAUUGCAAAGAGCUUUGGCUUCCCCACGCCGCCGCGGGUGGACAUUACGCUGGGCGCGAGCAUGGGACGGGACAAGGUGCAGGGGAGGAGGGCGUAUGGCAGCCAGCCGAAGCAGGUUGGCAAGUACAAGCGGGACAAGCGGAAUUGA